AACACUGGACGACAAGGAAAUGCUGCCUCUGCCAUCUUGAACUUCUUUGCUACCAGAGAGUUCACAGACGACAUCAUGAGUUCGUUGAAGCUGCAGAAGAGGCUGGCAGCCUCUGUUAUGCGAUGCGGCAAGAAGAAAGUUUGGUUGGAUCCAAAUGAAAUCAAUGAGAUCGCAAACACAAAUUCCCGGCAAAAUAUCAGGAAGCUCAUCAAGGAUGGCCUAAUAAUCAAGAAGCCAGUGGCGGUACACUCAAGGGCACGUGUUCGCAAGAACACCGAAGCCAGACGCAAAGGACGUCAUUGUGGCUUUGGCAAGAGGAAAGGUACUGCAAAUGCAAGAACGCCGCAAAAAGAUUUAUGGAUACAACGCAUGAGAGUCUUGCGUCGAUUGUUGAAGAAGUACCGUGAGACUAAAAAAAUCGAUCGCCAUUUGUACCACUCAUUGUACAUGAAGGCUAAAGGUAACGUCUUCAAGAACAAGAGAGUAUUGAUGGAGUUUAUCCAUAAGAAAAAGGCGGAGAAGGCGCGUGCGGAGAUGUUGUCCGAUCAAGCGGAGGCUCGCCGCACGAAAGUCAGGGAGGCGCGCAAACGACGCGCAGAACGCAUCGCUUCGAAGAAGCAAGAGCUGUUGCAAUCGUAUCAACGUGAGGACGAGGCUGCUGCGGCGCAAAAGAAAUAAAUUCAGUACAUUUAAGUUAACGUGUAUUGAACUUAAAAUUAUACAAAAACAUAAAGUCCGAAUGUUCUUUUUUUA